UUUUAAAAUAGUUACGGUGCAGUCCUACUGUACACUGUGGUCACACUGGUUCGGACGUGGGUGGCGCAUCAUCGGUGGUAUUCUGUUGAAAAUUAAUCAAGUGCAAAACUACAUUUUUCGCUAGUAAAUCCGAGGACAGUUGUGUUUGCACGAAAACAAACGCAAGCAAAGGCAGUUGAUAUUAUUGUUGGUGCGUUUGCUCCGUAUUUCGUGCGGUAAGUGUAAAUAGCGUGUUUCAAAUAUUAUUUCGGAUGUGUCUCCGCCGUAUAAUCAGCUGUUUGCAACGCUAGCGUUGACGCCCACAUUUAAGCUCACUGUGCGGAAUUCAACUAAGAGAGUUGACAAAACAGGCCCCAAACACAAUUUACUGCUCGGAGACAAAGUCGACAAUGAAAGCAAUAGCUAAGGAACCAGCUCAAAAAAAACGGAUAAACUAAAAAUUCUAAAACCGUCAAUCAACUGAUUCAAAGGCUAAGUUGAGGCGGUUUUGCACAACCGCUGAGAGCUCUACAUUCAUUUUGUGGUAGGAAGGCGAAAGAACUUACGUUGUUGGACAGAAAUUAAUGACACUUCUUGGGCCUAGCGCCCCUGGCAUGGCCUUUAUGAUGAAAAAGAAAAAGUACAAGUUCAAUGUUGAAGUGCAAUUGCAGGAUUUGGUAGAGGUGGCCCUGGUCAAUGAGGUGCUGUUUGCAAAGAUACGGUUGCUGGAUGGAGGUUCUUUUCAGGAGUACAGUAGUCGCGAGGAAGUGCGCAACCAUCGAGUAGAAUGGAACCGCAGCUUUGAGUUUCCUUGCAAGAUGAGCGCUAAUGCCUCAACCGGCGUUUUAGAUCCUUGCCACCUGCGUAUAUCAAUACGCAAAGAAAUGAAGGGAGGACGAAGUUACUAUAAGCUUGGUUUUAUCGACCUCAAUCUGGCCGAAUUCGCUGGCGCCGGCCUCACCUCCCGUCGGUUUCUCCUGGAGGGCUAUGACUCAAGACACCGCCUAGACAAUUCGAUGUUGCGAGUGAGCAUUAAGAUGCAUAUGCUUAGCGGUGACAUUCUGUUCAAAGCACCCACGCCAAAUCUAAAGAGCAAGCAGAGCAAGCCUUCAAUGGAUGACUUUUCAAAUGCAGCCACUGGAGUAGGUCUGCAAAUUCCGACGGCUACCGCAUUGCCCAGUAUAGGAAGCGGAAGCGGUGGCGCAUCCGUUUCCUUGGGCGGUAGUGGAGUCACUUUGGGCGGCAUCCCCGGUAAUCAGUCGUUACCCGGAACGCGACCCGUUUCCACCACAAAGGAGGAGGAUAUCGACAACCAGGCUUUGAUAGCAACUAUUGUGACAGACUCCGGCUUGUCGGAGUCCUCGGAAUCGGGGAUAACUUUGACUACGGAUAAUCUCCAGCAGCAUGCCUCAGUCGUCAUAGCUAAUCCUAUUAGUCCUGUGAACCAGCCGCUACCGCAACUGGGAAUCAUUGGCAGCAACAAUUACGGGACAACAGUAGGGGCUAUCGGAUUCUCUGGCGCCGGCAACGCCACCCUCAUAGAAAUGGGUCAUUCAAGAAAUUCCAGUAAUACUAGUCAAAUGUCAAAAGGUUCGGGUUACAGUAGUUUUUCGCACAGUCAACACUCAAGGCAAAGUUCUGAGGGUGAUUCGGGACAUGCUAGUCGCUUUAGAAAAUCCGUUUCUCUAUUUAAUAGACUCAAUCAGAGAGCAAUUAAUGCCAUGAAAUUGAAUAUACCACGUAGCCGACAGAACGGUCAAAAGGGAGAUGAGCUUCAACAAUGUAACAGCUUGCCAGUGGUAGUAGCCAAAAGCCACCGUGUUCAUACUCAUCUCAGUCUCAGCACCACUGUUGAAUACGCUAGCGAUGAACAGCUCUACCAGACUCCAAACGCUACCAUGACCAACUCUCAAAAGUUGGCCUUUGAGGACUUCCGUACUCCGAUGGCAGAACUUGCAGCUCCUCUCUUUCAACCGAUGGGAGCUGGCUGUAGUGGUACUCCCAGCUCUACAUAUCGCAGUGCCGGAUCUCCAUCCCACAACACGCAAUAUUAUGACAGCGAAGAGUCGAGCGACAGUGAUGAGUGUCUUAACAACGAAUCGGGCGACAAUGAUUCUGGCCUAGAGGAAAACUUUCAUACUCCCCGUGUAGCCAAGAUUAAGUCGAUGGAGAAUCUCUCUAUUCUGGAGAUGGAGUUUCACAAGGCUUCUAUAGAACUGGACCGAAAUUCACCGCGCCGUCUAAAGCAACUGGCUGAGCAUGCGCAGAUCCCAAAGAUGAAGUCGCUAAACAACCUCUGUUUUGACCAUUAUGCAGAGCAGUCUGUGCGCGAAGAGUUUCAGCGUAUGCACGAACAGUCGCUUCAGGAGCGAAUGCGCUUUCAACAGCACCAUCAAUUACGAAAGAACUCCAGCACAUCAAACGGGUCGGCGACGAAGAUGUACGUAAAGCAUUUGAGUCAUCAGAAUCAUCAUCACAUAAAAGUCGGUAACGCCAAGUUCAUCGGGCAGGACGGCAAUGACAGUCCACAAUCGAUGCACUAUCCCAUUCAAAAGAUGCGAUCAAUGGGUACCAUACAGGACAUUGUAAGCGACCGCAUUGAGCCUGACCCGUUCCUCACUCCAACCACCGAGCGGAAGCCUAAAUUUUCGCGACUAGUCCAGUCCGCGGAGAAGACGGUACUGGGCAGCAGCUAUGUCAAUCGUCUCCUUACCUACGAUGCCGUGGACUCUCCGUCGGAGCCGUUUAACAGCCCAGUGUCCUUUAUGUCGCGUACCCCCUUUCAGAGAGCUUAUCGGCGCAACAUACAACAAGGCAGCUCUUCGACGCCUCUGGCUACUCAGGAUUUCUUCGCCGUGCGACCACAUUCCACAAGUGCUGCCUAUGAGCUAAUGAGAAACUUCAGUGGAGUUCCUCGUCGACUCUUUGAUGGCAAUAUCACUACUGCAGGCCAGAACAGCAACAUGGGUGCUGUCAGCACCAAUAGACAGCAGCAACCCUGUGCUUCAGGAACUAACACUUUUAUUGGAUCCAGUUCAUCACCUUGUGGAACUUUGGCCAGUAUACACUCAAAUCAUUCGGCCUCUUCUUCAAAUGGCAGCAACAGCAGCAGCAGUGGGGCAGUCAUUACCUUCCAGUGUAACGCAGGCAGUGGACAGGAUACAGUAGACUCGGCAAACCAUCAACAGCAGAUGACAGUGGGAUCGCCCAACGGUCAUGGAAGCAACCCCCGGUUGGGCAACGUCAUGUCAGGCGAUGCCAUUAGCUCAAUGGCCGCCAGUCCGACAGACGCUUGUAGUAUUCGUUCUAAUCCGUCGGCUGCCUCACUUCUUCUUUCCACGUCGGCAGCUGCAGCAGAGGCUUCUGCAUUGGCGUCGGCAACUACUAUGUCCGUUUCGGGAGCAACACUAUCACCUCUAGCCACCACCCAAAUCAUUCGCCGCCCAAGCAUCACAAUGAUGAAUCCCAGCUCCGGUUCGUUAGUUAUUAGUGAUACGGGAUCUCUAGAUCGGACGAAAAGCAGCGGUGAGAAGCGCAAAAAGGGCGCGCUCGAUGACGGGCCACGUGUUUCCGACCGAGUGGAAGAGACACGGGUCAAUCCAGACUCAUUAAUUGAUGAGAUUUUAAAGGAUACUAAACUUGAUCAGCUGGAGGAAUCCGCAGAAACCUCAGGCCUUCAACUGUACAUCGCUCGCGAUGGAACCGCCUCCCUGGGCGGACACGAGGUUAAAUCAAGCGUACGAGCAGGCGCCCUAAAGCAGGUGGUAAUGCAGGAUAGAAGAUAGUAGUAUCCGAGACUCACAACUCCUUUUUAAAAUUAAUUAGAAGACUUAUUGAUCAAUUAAAAUGGAGUAUUGAACUAAACGAAAUAGUUUAGGUAAUACAAACAUGUUUACUCGCAAACAAAUGUGAGAAUGCAAAUAAGCUAUAUAAGAGUAUAUAAAAUGUUUGUCGGAACUACACUGCUAUGAAUGUAAUUAGUUAAUUACACAUAUAUAUGUUUAUAGAAAAAUACGCAUGUAUAUUAUAGAUUUGUUAACAGGCAUAACUUGUCUAGUUGUAUUUGCAAGUGUUGUGAAUUAGGUAAACAACCGUUAACAAUAAGGAAAACCAAAAAUGAAAUUCAUAAUGCUGCACAUUAUAUUUGCAUUAUAAAUUAAUCGCAAUGGAAUACGAUAAAUGAGAAAAGGUUUAAAUUUUAUUUUCGAAUAUAUAAUUUUUUGUUUUGCUUUCAUCAAUUUUUCCAGCCUUAAGGCAUUUAUAAAUAUAUUUAAAAGUUAAUAGAAUAAAUAACGCAAAUGUCAUGCUAAACAAAAAGCUUCAAAAUUAAAACACCGAAUUGUAAUAGUCAUCGAAAUAUUAUAGCGCAAUCAAAAACUAAAUAAGCCUAAUUAGUUUUAUCAAUUUUGCCCAUUAUAUUCAUUUUUCUUUUGAACAUAUACACAAUCAUUAAUCAAUAUUUAAAGUCAACAUUGUUGUAGAUGUCUAACUGGUAUUUUAGUUGUCUUAAUUAUUUUUUAAAGCUUCCGGAAGUUUUAAUGUAAAAAUGUUUCUUAUAAACAAUACUUUUAAAUCAAUAGAAAAAGCUGUUAGAUGGGAACACAAAAAAUACAAUAAGUUAUCACCUAAAGUUUAUGUUAAAAAUUUUUGUGUAAAAUUAUGUAGUUAUUUUUUAACAAUUUGUAAGGGGAGAACUUGAAUAGCUCCAUAUAAGUGUAUUUAAAUUGUAUAUGCAACAAAACAGGAAAAUAAAAAUGGACACAUACAUGA